AUGGCACCCCGCAGCGGCAAAAGGGGUGCUGAUCAGCUCCCCUCUGAUGACGGCGAGGUUGCAGAACAAGAAGACGAAACGGGCUCAAACAAGCGUCCCGGUAGAGCACGGAAACCAACCAAAAAGCAGAAACAAAACGACCAGGAUGCCGAUGACAAGCGGGCCGCACAACUCAAGCGUGAACUCAAGGAUCUGGAGACUCGCAAGAAGCAGCGAAGUUCAGCCAGUAACAAGAAUGGCACGGACUCCUCACCUGGACCCGAGUCCGAGGAUGAAUAUGUCUCAGAUGGAGGAACAUUCAGGCGCAGCCAUGGGAUGCGAGCCAAGGUGCGCGAGAAAUACGAAACAACACUACAGACAGCGCCCGGCCCUAUGCGUAUUUCUCACCGCGAGGGCAGUGAGAGUCCGCCACGGGGACGCUCUCAACAACCGCGGAACUUGUGGUGUGCCAUCAUCACACUCCCGCCCUUCAUCGCGCCAUCGGUUGUCGUCGCCCUCCCGCCAGGAUCCAUCUCGUUCUCGCCCGCCAUCACAACUUUCUCGCCCACCAUCGCGCUCUCGCACACAGCCGCGUUCUUGCCCGCCAUCGCGCGCUCACCUGCGGUCGCGCUCUCAAGUAUGCUCUCGUCUGCGGUCAUCGCUCCCUCACCCACCAUCGCGUGUUCACCCACGGUUGCGCUCUCAAGGUCUGUCAUCUCGUUUUUGCCUGCCAUCACACUCUCGCUCAUGCUCUCGCCCACCACCGCUCCCUCGCCUGCUGCCACCAUGACCAUCGCGUGUUCGCCCACGGUCGCGCUCUCAAGGUCCAUCAUCGCGCUCUCGCCCGGCGUCACGCUCUCGCCCUGCGUCGCGCUCUCGCCCGGCGUCGCGCUCUCGCCCAGCAUCGCGCUCUCGGCCAGCGUCGCGCUCUCGGCCACAGUCACGCUCUCGUCUGACAUCCCUCAACGGCCUGACCAAACGAACACCACCCCCGCCGCAAACACCUCCCUUCUUCUCCGAGGCGUGGAUCCGAAGAGUCGCCCUUCCACCGGCCAGUACAUUCCGGACGUCAGAACUCUCCUGGACCGCGCGAUCAACGAGUUUUAUCGCUAUCUUUAUGCUACUAAUGCGUUUCCCAGCAACGAAGAGGCCGAAAAGGCCAUCACAGACGCGUGGAAAGUGGCUUGCGCACCUCGUAAGAACGAAUCCGCUCCGUUAUCAAAUGCGCGUGGCGAGCCAUUCUAUGCGUUCCGUUCUUCGACUGCAAAGGCCUACGGCUUCCGGACAAGCGAAAAGAAGAAGGACUGGGACGAGAAUGCUCGGAAGAGUGCGAGGCUGCUCGAAGAAGGCACCUUCCAUCACAAGACGUUCGACAUUCGCCCUCGUGACGAAACAACAAGGGGCCGUUUUGCGGAGAACGAGGCUGUAUUUGAUGCGAUCUGUGUUACCUUCUUCAACUCGGGCGACGGCUACUCCAGCAUUGGAUUCCAGUACCCUGAGUGCUUCAAUCCUCUCCCAAACGAGUCGAUCGCAUUCGUGAUGACAAUGAUUCGAGCCCAUAUCGCGGAAUGGAGCACCGGCAAGAGGGUGACGGGUCAGUUCAACCACGGCGACCGUGGCGAUGACUCCUCGGGGCAUGCCAAGCACUAUCGGGGCUUUCUCGCCGAUCUCAAGGAGUACGAAGCUGCGAACCCGCAAGCAUGGAAGAACAUUCGGACGCGCAUGUACUCACGUGCCUUUGUGACCUUUGCCUUGGACAUCAAGCCGUGCUGGUGGAGGAAUCGACCUCAAUCUCUCAUCCACACGGGUUUCGAGCACCGCAAUGAACAGUGCAACCAGUCAGCUGGCGGGGCGGACUGGGCUUACUGA